UUCUUCAUAUAAUAUCACUCUCCCAUUCCCUCGAAGUCAAAAUAACUCUUAGUAGAUCCCCCAACAAAACAACCUUAUUUGGAAUCCAUCAGCUAUGAGCAAACAUAGAGGCUUCAAGAUCGUGAAGGUGUUUAAAUGGAUAAUCCGACCCAGAAAAAAAGGGACAAGGUAUCAUCUGGGUGGCUCCAGGAUCAGAAACUACAACUGCAUGGCAAGGCUUUUCUCCCAUCUUCUACGUGGCGCUAAAAGGCUUUGUUUUGGUGGUUCAAUUUCGGAUUAUAUCCAGUUGCGUGAACCGAAACCCGUGAAGGUACCGAAGGGACAUUCGGUAGUGUACGUAGGGGAAUCAGAUGAGACUACGGAGAGAGUUUUGGUGCCUGUCGUGUAUUUUAAUCACCCACUAUUUGGGGAGUUAUUGAAGAAAGCAGAGCGGGUUUACGGGUUCAAUCCACCGAGUGGAAUCACGAUACCAUGCAGGAUUUCGGAGUUUGAGAAAGUGAAGAUGAAGAUUGCUGCAUGGGAUCAUUAAAGCAGACGUAAAGAGUAAUUAAACAGGUAAUUGUUUAGGGUUUUGCAAAAUUAGUUUUUGUUUUUGUUAAUAUUUUGUAAAUCAAU